GUUGUGCAGCCUGACUCUGAAGAAGCUGGCGGUCCUCAGGGAGCUGGAGAAGGAGCUCACAUCAGUGGUGAUUGCGGUCAAGAUGCAGGGCUCCAAACGGGUCCUCCGAUCUCAUGAGAUUGUGCUGCCCCCCAGUGGACAGGUGGAAACUGACCUGGCCUUGACCUUCUCUCUGCAGUACCCGCAUUUCCUGAAGAGAGAAGGCAACAAGCUUCAGAUCAUGCUGCAGCGCAGAAAGCGCUACAAAAAUCGCACGAUCCUGGGCUACAAAACGCUGGCUGCGGGCUCCAUCAACAUGGCCGAGGUGAUGCAGCACCCCUCUGAGGGCGGCCAGGUGCUGAGCCUCUGUAGCAACAUCAAGGAGGCCUCCGUCAAGGUGGCUGAGAUCUGGAUCAUCUCCCUGUCCAGCCAGCCCAUUGACCACGAGGACAGCGCCAUGCAGGCUGGGCCCAAGGCCAAGUCUGCAGACAACGACUCUGAGGACGAGUACGAGAGCUUCUCCUCGGAGCAGGAGGCCAGCGACGAUGCUGUGCAGGGGCAGGAUCUGGAUGAGGAUGACUUUGAGGUGGGGAAGCCCAAGAAGCAGCGGCGCUCGAUACAACAAAACUUCAAGCAGAAGGUGGUGGCACUGCUGCGGAGGUUCAAAGUGUCCGAGGAGGUCCUGGACUCAGAGCAGGACCCUGCGGAACAUGUCCCUGAGGUGGAGGAGGACCUGGACCUUCUGUAUGACACACUGGACAUGGAGAACCCCAGUGACAGUGGCCCUGACAUGGAGGAGGAUGAUAGCGUCCUCAGUACUCCUAAGCCCAAGCUUAGGCCAUACUUCGAAGGCCUGUCACACUCCAGUUCACAGACGGAGAUUGGGAGCAUCCACAGUGCCCGCAGCCAGAAGGAGCCUCCAAGCCCGGCUGAUGUGCCAGAGAAGACACGGUCCCUAGGAGGCAAGCAGCCAAGUGACAGUGUCUCUGACACGGUGGCCCUUCAAAGUGCGCCAGCCUCUCGGGAGCCAUCGGAGCAACCUGAGGACAGCCCUGAGGCCGAGACCUCCACCCUGGACGUGUUCACUGAGAAGCUGCCACCCAGCGGGAGGAUCACCAAGACAGAGUCACUAGUCAUCCCCUCCACCAGGUCUGAGGCGAAGCCAGCUGGUCGCCGGGGCCGGAGCACAUCCCUGAAGGAGAGACAGCCAUCACGGCCACAGAACGAGCGGGCCAAUAGCCUGGACAGUGAGCGCUGCCCGGACACGCGGAGCCAGCUGCAGAUUCCCAGGAAGACUGUGUACGACCAGCUGAACCACAUCCUCGUCUCUGAUGACCAGCUCCCCGAGAAUAUCAUCCUCGUCAACACCUCUGACUGGCAGGGGCAGUUCCUUUCAGACGUCCUGCAGAGGCACACGCUGCCUGUGGUGUGCACGUGCUCCGCAGCCGACGUCCAGGCCGCCUUCAGCACCAUUGUCUCUCGGAUCCAGAGAUACUGCAACUGCAAUUCCCAGCCCCCGACCCCCGUGAAGAUCGCUGUUGCGGGGGCACAGCAUUACCUCAGCGCCGUCCUACGGCUUUUCGUGGAGCAGCUGUCCCACAAGACCCCGGACUGGCUCGGCUACAUGCGCUUCCUCGUCAUCCCGCUGGGUUCCCACCCUGUGGCCAGGUACCUGGGCUCCGUGGACUACCGCUACCACAACUUCUUCCAGGACCUGGCUUGGAGAGACCUGUUCAAUAAGCUGGAGGCCCAGAGCACAGUGCAGGACACACCAGACAUCGUAUCCCGCAUCACCCAGUACAUCGCGGGGGCCAACUGCGCCCACCAGCUCCCUAUUGCGGAGGCCAUGCUGACCUACAAGCAGAAGAGCCCUGACGAAGAGUCCUCCCAGAGGUUCAUUCCCUUUGUUGGGGUUGUGAAGGUUGGGAUUGUGGAACCAUCCUCCGCCACAUCAGGCGACUCUGAUGACGCAGCACCCUCCGGCUCCAGUGUGCUCUCCUCCACCCCACCUUCCACCUCCACGUCUCCUGCGGCCAAGGAGGCCUCGCCCACACCACCGUCCUCCCCAUCAGUGAGCGGAGGCCUGUCCUCCCCCAGCCAGGGCGCUGGCGCCGAGCUCAUGGGGCUACAGGUGGACUACUGGACGGCAGCACAACCCACGGACAGGAAGAGGGACACCGAGAAGAAGGACCUGCCCACCACCAAAAACACGCUCAAGUGCACUUUCCGGUCCCUCCAGGUCAGCAGGCUGCCCAGCAGUGGUGAGGCUGCAGCCACGCCCACCAUGUCCAUGACUGUGGUCACCAAGGAGAAGAACAAGAAGGUGAUGUUUUUGCCCAAGAAAACAAAGGACAAGGAUGUGGAGUCCAAAAGCCAGUGCAUCGAGGGCAUCAGCCGCCUGAUCUGCACAGCCAAGCACCAGCAGAACAUGCUGCGGGUCCUCAUCGAUGGCGUGGAGUGCAGCGAUGUCAAGUUCUUCCAGCUGGCUGCUCAGUGGUCGUCCCAUGUGAAGCACUUCCCCAUCUGCAUCUUUGGACACUCCAAGGCCACCUUCUAGCCCUGCCCACUGUGGGGGUGGUGUGGGACACUGGAGGCGCCUAUUUACUGCCCCGUGGUGGCCACUGCUGGAGGGGCAGCUACAUUUCUGUUAACAUUGCAGUUUACUACACAGACAGACUGUCAAAAACACAAACCAUCUUAAGUACAGAUGUACUCACAGCCUGAAAACUAAGGGGCAGCUCCUUGCUGGGCGCCAAGUAACUGCCGUGCUUAUUAACUAGAAUGUCCGGCUGGAGCAGGGAGGCUGGAAGGUGGAGGUCAGUGUCCAGGGCCUCAGGAACCACUCAGAGCCCGUGAAGCAAGAAGGGUUCUUGCCUUCAUGUCCUCCUUCCUGGAAGACAGGAUCUGCUUCCUCAGGGAGCCCAGGGCAGGCACAGGCCUCGGAGCUUGGUGGCCAGGGGCCAAGGGUCACAGGCAUGCUCAGACUCCAGGUGUGGGGGGUGCCACCCCCAGCACCAUCCACGCACAGCUCCCAAUAAACUCCAGCCUUGUGGGGGAGAUUUUAUAGUAGCAGAUCUUUCUAAUGCUCUCAAAUACAUGUGACGACGUAGCUGCCAAACAGAUGUUCCUCUCAUGAAGUCCCCUUGGGGCUCCACAGAGCCACAGUCCUGCCCACCCACCUCACCCCUUCCAGUCCCUCAGCUAUUCCUGAGAUACUGCUAGGCUUCUAUGUGUUGUGCUGUCCCAGACUGAGCCUUGGUCCCUGCAAAUGUCCUAGUGUCCAGCCUGGGAAAUGGUGAGCUGUGGCAGGGGUUGGUCUGAGGCUGAAGCCAAGUGCCCAGACACUAGCCUGCUGUGCCACACCCUCCAUCCCUGCCCUGCCUGCUGGCCUAGAGCAUCCUGAACUGGCCGUGUGGGUAUCUGGGCUGAGAUUGAGGAUCAUGGUGAACUGGGGAACAGGCAACCAGGUGUGUGUGGUACCUGCAGCAAUGGCGUGGCCAGUGCAGGCUCUGACACGCCAGCUGAUCACAGAAGGUGACUGCAGGAGCCAGGCACCCCCUUCAGGGCUGUGUGCCCUCCAGGCCAUGCUCCUUGGAGCAGCAUGUUGCGUUUGGGUCUCAUCCUGGGUGGCAGCCCUGCCCUCUGCCUUCCCUUGCAACAGGACAGGAGUGUGCUGAACGGCAACAGGGUCACCCACCUAACUACCUGCUCCACAGACCAGCAGGGAGGGGUGCUGCCUCAGACACGCUUCUCCCGACAUGCUCGAACCCUGCAGGCUGCACAGGAAGAGCCCACCCAUUCCUAUCCCCUUGGAAACUGUUGCCUUCCCAGGGACACUGGUGGCCCUAAGAACAAGAGCUGCACAAGGCUCUGCUCAGAAAACAGUGCCAAAUGCAGGACCACCUUCCUUGGGGUGAGAAUGGCCUAUUUUUCUUACCUGUGAUCUACUUGUUUACCUGCCCCUCUCUAGGGGGCCAGUGAUAGGACCUGGAUAUGUGGCUUAGAGGAGCCCUGUGAGCAGAGUGCCCUGCAGGGGACUGCCCCAGAGAACACCCUGCUGAAGUACACAGGGCCCUCAGUUUGAAUGGCCAUCCAAUUUCUUCCGAAAGGUCACUCUUGGUGGAAAAGAGAUGACUGAACUUUCUAUCCUCGAGGCCACAGAGACUGUGCAGAUUACCUGGCUGUGGGUAGCCCUUUCCUGGGGAAAACUUCCCUGGGUACUCUUCCCCAGGUGGCUCCGAGGCUCCACCCUGCAGGAUAGAGCCUCUUCAGCAGCUGGCCCUGGGUCCAGCACCCAUCUGGGCUGCUCCUGAGCACCAUGUGACCACCACCACAUAGGCCCUGUGCCAGGAAGGAACAAAUGGAGACCUGGACUACAUGCAUUACUUGCCUCAGUUUCCCUGUUGGUUAAAGAGGAAGGUCACAUUUCCCCUGCCUACCUCAUGGAGCUGUUAUGAGGAUUCAUGGAAAAGCACUUUGUCCCCUCGAUGGACCACCAAAAGCCAAACCUGUCUUCAGCGGUGUGGCCAUGAGGGCAGUGGAGAGUGUGUGUCAGAAGUGUGUGCUUUUUCUCAGGCCUCACCCCACGCACACCGAGAGGGAUGUCUCAGCCCCACCAGUCUCCAAGGUUAAGCCACUAGUCGCUGUCAGUAACACCAGGCUCCUCUUGGGCGGGGCCACCGCUGUCGGAGAGGUUUGGGCAGGCUCCACCUUUAUCCUUGAAGGUGGGGGACCUGCCCCCUCUCCAGGUUGGUCGCCUUGCCACUGUCUCAUUUGGGCAUGCAGUCCAGGGUCCUCGGUCAGCACCUGGACGCGAGUGGGGUGGGGACCUCUGUGCGGGGGCUGGUGGCCUUGCCGCGCUGUCCCCACCCCUGAAUGACCUGGCCGUCUGUGACCUGCGUCUCCGAACGAUGUCCUCAUGAAAACGUCCGAGCCACUGCCUCCAGAGCCAGGCCGCCGGACUCUACAGGCUCCCCAACCCUCCCCGGGCUGUGGGGUCCUGGAGGGGCCAGCGGGCCGAGUUGGCUUGUGGGCGCCCCCUCCUGUUCGUUGUGACUGGUUUCUACAGUGUUUGUGUUGCUAGUUUUCCUUUUUAAUGGGAAGCAAAAUUAAUGUAAAUAGCUUUUCGAGGAGCUGAUGCUAAUCUGUCCCAUGUGACCAUGUGGACGACUUUAAGGUGCUGAAGCGACACUAAUAAACUGAGGGCACUCACGCCGCC